AUGGCUCAUGCACCAAAAGGUAGUAGUGACCUGAGCAAGCCCUCAUCAUUGUUAACCUCUUCCAGAACACCAUCAUUUCUCACAACAAACACCAUGAGUAAUUUAAAACCGUUGGAUUCAUUGUCGAAUCCAUUACUAAAACCUAGUGCUCUAUCAUCGACAAUACUGACUACUACAUCAUCGAUUGGCCUGACUUCAUUAAUGAGCAAGAAUCUUACUCUCACUUCAUCAAGUACAUUGAAACCGCUUUCACUCUUAUCGACGACUACUCCAUCUUCAUCAAGUACAUUGAAACCACUUUCAUUCUUAUCGACGACCACAUCUUCGUCAAGUUUAUUGAAACCGCUUUCACUCUUAUCGACGAUUACUCCAUCUUCAUCGGUUCUAACGAAAGUUGACGACAGUGCAACAACACGUAAACGAAAACUGUCAACAGAGAUACAACAAAGUAGUGAAGUACCGAAUUCUCUAACGAUAACAACAUCACAAACUUCACGCAAUCUUAAAUACAACGCUGAAAAUAUUCAACCGAUUGAACAAAAUUUAUCCGUUAAUUUACACGUAGAACUUCCACCGCCAAAGAGACCUAAGUAUGACAAUAUUACAAUGGUAUCCGCGAUUAAUGAAGAUGAUGAAUUUAAUUGUGGGCUCAAAUCAAUUAAGAAAAGCUUUUUGAAUGUUGUUGCCGCAUCUCUUCUACGUCAACCAAAUUUAAAAAACUUAUCUGACCAAACCCGUCUUGAAUUGAUACGUUUCAUUCAUCUGAUUGUUGAACAAGAUCCAGAAUUCAUAUUAAAAACAGCCUUGUAUACGCGUAAUCAACUAAAUAUUCGUGUAACUGCUAAUUUUUUGUUGGCCUAUGCUGCCUUCACGGAAAAAUGCCGUUCAUAUUUAAUCAAAUACUUCAAAACAACAGUGAAUUUACCAUCAGAUUGGAUUGAAAUAGCUGAAUUAUAUCAGACAUUUAUGGAUCGUCGAAUUCAUUUUGGUUCACUACCAUCUGCUUUACGUCGUGUGAUGAUUAUUAAAUUUCCUGCGUUUGAUAAAUAUCAGUUAGCAAAAUAUAAUAAAGAAAAAGCUCGUUUGAAAAAAGCAAAACCAAAACAGAAAGAUGAAACAUCACAGCCAACAAGCGAUGCACGCGGAGGGAGAGGUGCACGCGGAGGGAGAGGUACACGCGGCGGGAGAGGCUCAAAUUUUCGUGGCCGUGGACGAGGGCGUGGAACAACCACUGAAGGGCGUGGUGGUUACUCUACAAGAGGUCGUUACACGAGCACAUCAUCUGUCGAAAGUGCUAUGGAUACAAGCACUGAAGACACAACUGUCCAAAAAAAAUCGUUUAAAGUUACAGGUGAUUUGAAUGAAGAACAAGAAGAGCGUCGUAUGGCAUUCACAUUAAAACGUUUGAUUCGUCAAUUACAUAUUAGUGAACCCGUUGAACAUGUCAUGUCAUUAUUAGGAAAACGUUAUCCAGAAACAUCAGAAAAAUUUUAUCUUUCACGAUUGCCCGGUGUUUUUGAUGGAGAACGAGCAGGAAAACGAAUGAAAUUACCCACACCUGAAACAUGGGAAACUCAAAUCUCAUUAAAAGGUAAUAAAGCUGUGGUAUGGCAACAAUUAAUUGACAACAAAAAACUUCCCUUUAUGGCUAUGCUAAGAAAUUUACGAAAUAUGAUCAGAACUGGUAUCUCAGAAAAACAUCAUCAAAUAAUAUUAAAAAAACUCCAGGAUGAAGGUGCUGUUACUUAUAGCCGACAAUUUCCAUUUCGAUUUUUCUCAGCCUAUCAAAUAUUAGAUGAUAUGGAGAAAGAGUUUCUUGAAUGGUGUAAGUCCAAAGAAAUAACAGGUGAUAGCACUGUUGAAGUCAAAAGAAAAUCCAGAAAAAACAAAGGGCCAAAAUCAAAAUCAAAAUUAACACCAGCUGAGAAAGCAAAACUAUUAAGUAAAAAAGAGUUUGUCUAUGAUUUACAUAUACUAAAUCGUUAUCGCAAAGCAUUGGAUUGUUCGGUAAAAAUCGCCACACAACAUAAUGUUCAGCCAAUACCUGGCAAAACAUUUGUAUUUGUUAAUUUGAGUGAUUCAAUGCAACAACCAUGCCAGGCAGCUAAAGGCUUGGGAAAACCGCGUACACGUGCUGAAAUUGGCUUGUUACUUGGGUUAAUGUGUAAAUCCGCAUGUGAACAUUGUCGAUUGAUUGGAUACACAUCAGAAACAAAUUAUGAAGAAAUUGAACAAUUAAAUCAACAAACAAUAUUGGAAAAUAUGUCAAAAAUAUUAGAAAAUCCAAAAUUUCAACAUGGGUCAUCCUCGUCAUCAUGUAUACCAACCGAGUUUUUGAAUGAAGUUGUACCUGGAAAACAAUGGUUCGACACAAUUAUUGUUGUUUCUGAUGGUAUCAAAUCAGACACACCGCAAUCGGACAAAAUUUAUAAAUUUUUACAAGCCUAUAGAUAUUUAGUUAAUCCCGAUUUGAUGUUUGUCAGUAUUGAUUUGAGUAUAAGUGAUUGUUCAGUGACGAAAUCAGAUCGUUUCAAUAAUAGAAAUGAUAUAUUUUUGAGUGGAUUUUCUGAUUCAUUAUUACAAUUUAUUGCUGAACGGGGUAAUGAUGGACAACUAUUACAUGUAGAAAACAUCGAUAAUGCCUAUGAUUUAAACAAAACAUUAACGACAACAGUAACAGCCACUAAUGAUAAAUCUGUAGCUGUGCAAAUUCAACGACCAUUACCAAUACCAUCCUUUGUUCCAAAAUGGCGUACUGUGCGUGUAUUUAUAUCAUCAACGUUCAAAGAUAUGCAUGCUGAACGAGAUUUAUUAAUACGUUACAUUUUUCCAGAGCUACGUUAUAGAGCAAAAAGUUUAUUUGUUAAUUUGUAUGAAAUUGAUCUUCGUUGGGGUAUUGCUGAAAGUCAAAGCAAACAAUCAGUAUAUUUAUGUUUAAAUGAAGUAUUACGUAGUGAAUAUUUUAUUGGGUUAGUUGGUGAACGAUACGGCUAUGUACCGAGCACGUAUGAUGUACCCAAAAAUGACAAAAAUUUUGCAUGGUUAAAAAACGUGCCAAUCGGUUCAAGUAUAACAGACUUAGAAAUACAAUGUGGAGCACUCAAUGAUAAAGUUAAAAAGCAAGCGAAAGCAUUUUUUUACAUUCGUGAUGGUGACUAUUUAAAAGAUGUACCAAAACCAUGGAAUGAGGAUUUUCAAUCAGAAACGGCUGAAGCCGAACAAAAAAUACAGCAGUUAAAACAGCGUAUUGUAGCUAGUGGUUUAGAAACGUAUAAUGGUUAUCCAUGUCGAUGGGGUGGUGUGGCAAAUGAUCGACCAGUUGUAACAGGUCUAGAUUUCUUUGCACAACGUGUCAUCAAUAAUCUAUGGACAUCAUUAGAAAAAGAAUAUAAACCACAAUAUACAAAAUUAGAUGAUGAUUCUAUUGAAGAUUUCGCACACCUUCAAUAUCGACAAUCGUUUGCCGACCAUUUUGUUAGUCGCGAGAAGGUUAUUCAACAAGCAAAACAAUGCAUUGCUAGAACGCCAUUGGUAUUGGUGAAGGGUCAUCCAGGAUCUGGUAAAAGUGCUGUGAUAGCCGCAAUCGUUGAUGCAUUAUCUCGAGACGAAAAAUUAAAAACCACCUUUGUAUAUGAACAUUACGUUGGAGUGACACGAGCAUCAUAUAAUUCUGUGGCAAUGCUUCGACGUUUAUUAUGUAAAAUGGUUAAUGAUUGUGAUGAUGAUAUCAAAUCGAAAUUUAAUACUGAUGAUAUACAUGCGGAUGGUUACACAGAAUUAUGUACAAAAUUCGCAAGUUUUCUACAUGCACGUUCAGUCCAUUAUCCAACACAGCAAUAUGGUCCACUUGUACUUUGUUUCGAUGGCAUAGAACAUUUGAAUAAUGAUACUCUAUCUCAUACACUCAAUUUUAUACCAAAAGACAUUAAUGGAGAGGAUAUUACGAUAUUUAUUAGUGCUACCGAUGGAACCGAUGUUGAAAAAGCAUGUAAACAAUAUUCAUCUUUAAUUCAUACGAUUAAUGUUACAACUUUAGAAUUAUUAGAACGUAGCGAUAUCAUUCGUUCACAGUUGGAUCGUUUUGGCAAAAAAUUAGAUGAGCAAGCAUUUUCUCCUCAAAUGAGAUUAAUAACAGGGAAACACGAUUCAUUUAAACCAUCUUAUUUAACAUUAAUAUGUGAAGAACUCAUGUUAAUGGUUGAUUAUGAAGCAAAAAUAACAGAAAAAUUAAAAACCAUCCCACAACGAGAAAAAGAAUUCAUUAUAGAAAUAUUUAUACGUUUGGAAUCAUUGUUUGAUGAAUGGUAUGUGCAACUCGCAUUUGGUUUGUUAUAUUCAGCUAGAGAAGAUUUAAAUGAAGAUGAAUUACGACAAAUGAUUAAUAUUAGUCAUAGUUUAAAAAAAGAAAUAACAUUUCCACCUGUUAUAAAACUCGUUGAUGAUAGUGAACAAACAACACCAGCUCAAUUAGCUGAUUUCUUGCACAAUUGUCAUCGGCUUCUGAAGCCUCAAUUGUAUGAUGGCCCAAGAACAGUUAGUAUCGCAACAGCACAAAUAAAAGAUAUUGUUAAAUCAAAAUAUGUACGAACAAAUGAACAACAACAUCAUUUCUAUCGAAUAAUGGCCUAUUAUUAUUGGCUUGAAGCAGGUCCUUCUUGGACAUCAAUGAAUGUUAAAGCAUUUGAGCAUUUACCAUAUUAUUUAUAUAGUGCCAAUGAACACAAAUUUUAUGUUGACGUGUUGACAGACUUGAAUUUUUUGGCAUCAAAAUCGCGUGUUGGUCUCGUACAAUCACUGAUUGAUGAUUAUGAGAUAACUAUUCAAACUCAAAUACAAACAUCUUUCUCUAAACUAAAAACACUCACAACACCAGCAAUAAAAACAAAUGAUAUCCGAUUACAACAAUAUCGAACAUUCGUGCAACGAAAUUCUCACAUACUUGCCGUUAAUCCGUUAUUAAUACAUCAACAAGCAUUGAAUGAAUUAGAAUCAAGUCAUGUUUGGUUAAAUAUAAAACAGAUUUUAUUAUCGAAUAACAGUAAAGAAAACAUACAAGCAUUCGUUCGAGUUAACAAACAAGAUAAUAUGGAACAAAUGAACUUUUCCAUUGAAGAUUUUACCGAGCCUAUCAGAUGUUUAGCUAUAUCUCCGUCAGGUUUAUUACUUGCUGCUGGUUCAGCAGAUUGCUUAGUUCGUUUAUACAACAUUUCAACGUCUCGUUUAAUCAAAAGUUUCAUUGGUCACGCAGCUCCAAUAAGCAGUUUAUCAUUUUGCGGAAACGAUCAUUUAUGUUCAGGAAGUAACGAUGGUGGUUUAUCGGUUUGGGAUGUAGAGAAAGGUCAUCGUAUGCAUGUAUUAACACCAAAGCAUGACAAAUGUGUAUCUGAAUUGUGUUCAAAUAUAAAGGGUACUCAAUUUGCAUCUGUUUCAUUCGAUUCCGUUGUUCGAAUAUGGAGUGUAAAAACUGGUAAAAAGGAAACAGAAAUACGUUUACAUCCAAAGCCUGUAUCAUGUGUGGCAUUUCAACCAGAUGGUUUCAUGAUUGUAACAGGAUGUUGGGAUAGUUUAGUUAGACAAUGGAAUGUUGCCACAGGACAACGACGUUCUGUUAUGAGGGGACAUUUAACAUCGAUUCGAGGUGUGUCAUAUUCUGCAGAUUCCAGAUACAUUGCUUCAGUCUCGAUUGAUGGUGAAUGUCGAAUUUGGAAUGCUCUUGCAGGAUCACAAGUUGGUAUAAUAUCUGCUCGCAUCAGUUCACUCUAUUUUUCACCGAAUGGUUCUACACUGACAUCGGCCGGUGAAGAUGGACGAGUACGUGUUUGGUCAUCAAAUAUUGGUCAGUGCCAAAUGACAAUAAGUGAACCAACAUGGGGAUCAGUAUCAAGUGUUGUGAUUCAUCCUGAUGGCGAAUUAAUUGUUGCCGGUUACCAUUCGGGUUUUGUUCGUUUAUUUAAUAUGCAAGGUGGAACAGUUGAAUAUGAAAUUAAUAAUCAUACAGCUCGUAUUAACCGUUUAGCAUUUUCACCGUCAGGAAAAAUAUUAAUAACAGCAUCGGGUGAUCGUACAUGUCGAUUAUAUAACGUCGCAGAAAUAGAAAAGAAAGGAAACGAUUUAGCUUCAACAUUACUCAAAGGUCACACUGGUGGUGUUUUAAGUUGUGCCAUUGGUAAACUAAAUAUGGCCGCUACCGGUUCAGAAGAUUCAACAAUCCAAUUUUAUAAUAUUCAACGUUUUAGUGAGCGACCAGUAUUAGAACCAAAACAAAUUCUCACAGACCAUCGUGCCCCAGUUACAGGUAUAUCGUUCAGUACUGACGGUACUCAAAUGGCUUCCUCCAGUCGUGACUGUCAUGUACAUAUUUGGUCUGUUAGUAAAUAUUCAUCAGAAGCCACAUUAAUAAAUACACUUGCUCACUGUCAUGCUGAUUGGAUUAAUGAUAUCGCUUUAAACAAUACAAACUCAAUGUUAGUUACAGCUAGUAAUGAUAAUACCUUGAAAUUAUGGAAUACAUUACCAAAAUCAACAGCAUCGGAUGCAAUGGAAACAACAACUGUACAAACGGAAGAUGCUCGAAUUAUCUUGAAGGGGCAUCAAGGAUCUGUAAACACCGUUAAAUUUGCUUAUGGAUGUAUUGUAUCUGGGUCACUGGAUAAUACGAUUCGCGUAUGGUCUCAUAGAGGCACUGAAAUUACCGUUCUACGUGGACAUGAAGAGAAAAUUACAUGUUGUGAUUUAUAUGUUAAAUUGAAGGGUAUUGGCAAAACAGAAAUAACAGAUGAUGAGCAAAACCAAAGUUGGUCACAAAUGGUUGAUGAACAGGAAUCAAAAUUAGAAAAAACAGAUGAAUUGAGUCGUACUACUCAUACUGUUGAACAAAUGUUAAUUGCCAGUGCAUCGGAAGAUGGUACCAUUAAAAUUUGGCGUCCUAAUGAGCCCGAGCAAAUUGCAUGUAUGGAUGCACAUUCCAAACCAAUAAAUGAUGUUGUCGUUAGCAAUGAUUCAAUUUUAACUUCAUCACUCGAUAAUACAAUUCGUUCAUGGCAAAUGCCCUCACAAAAAAAAUUUACAAAUUCAAUUAUGGCCACACCACAAGUACCCGAACCAACUUCUCAUCUAGAUGAAGUAACAUCGAUUUGUGUUAGUCGAGAUUGUUCAUUAAUAUUUACAUCAAGUCGGGAUGCUUAUGUUCAUAUUUGGAAAGUAGAAAAUGACUCAGAUUCAUCCGCAAAACGUUUUAAAAUAAUUCAGUCUAUUAAUGUUCAUUCAAAUCAAAUUCUUCACAUGGCUCUUGUUCAAAGUACAUCAAAUAAAAAUUGUCUUAUAACCUGUUCUGUUGACAAAACUAUUAAAUCGUUGUUUAUAACAACAAAUAAUGAUAACAAAUGUAUUAUUAAACGUGAAAACCUGUUUUCAGUAAAUGGUGUUGUCUCAUUUAUAAGUGGUCAUUUUGAUAUGCCCUAUUUUGUUAUCGGUGAAUCACCAUCGUUAAGUAACUUGAACUUCUUUCUAUGUUCAUCGACAACAUUAGGACGCUUAAAAUAUUACAAAUCUAAUACAUGUCAAUAUCCGUUAUGCUCAUCGAUAACAUUGGAUCAAAAUAAACAGUGUAUAUUAACAGUUGGAGAUAUAAAUGGACAACUAUCCUUUUUCAAUUUGACAUUAAUUGCUAAUACUGAUACUAAAAUAUUACAAUCUUAUUCAAAACAAAUUGAAACAACUAUAGAUAUAAAAACAUCAAAUGAUGGCGAAUAUGAAUGGGCAACAUCGAUUGAAGCUGAAAAUGGCUAUUAUAUCGGUACAACAGCUGGAAAUGUCUAUUAUUCGUCUUCAAACACAAUAUUAGAUCGUAAACAAUGGGUGAAAUUAUCAAUGGCUAAUAAUGGUAAAUCAAUAACUGGCAUCUGUUCGUUAAAUAAUCAGUUUCUAUUUACUUGUGGACAUGAUAAUAUGAUAAAAGUUCAAAAUAUCAAUGAUUAUUACAAAAAUGAAAAAAAUAUUUUAGGACAUUAUCCUGUACCAGCACCAUUAACAAAAAUGCGAAGUUGGAAUCAAAAUGGAAUUGUUGCGAGUGAUAACAUUGGAAAUUUAUAUCUUGUGAUAUGGUAUCAUUAA